AUGCCUCGAAAUAGACCUGCAACAUCUGGGUAUGCCAAAUUGGCACAGGCAGACGAAGAUGAAGGACGACUUUCUGCAGAGCACUCUGAGGAGGAAUAUGAUGUCUCAACCCCUCUAUCGACACGAUACGAAUCAAUAAUCCCACCGGGCCCUCGAGAUGGCAUGCGGUCGAUUGCGUCCAGAAGCCGUUCACGACCGAGGAGACGCAUGCGCAGCAAUUCUUCCGGCAUAGACAUCAAAGCUAUUAACGCGCGGCUGGAGCAAUGGGCAGAUGAGAUAGCUUCCAAAUUCAAGAUUAGCUCCGUCAAGGGAAAGUCGGACAAAGAGGAGCAGCUAGAGAUACACCAUUCGGUCUUUCAAGCACCUGAUGGAGUACGACCAUAUACCUCUAAGCAGCUUGCUGCCCUGCCACCUGCUGACGAAGGACCCGACCGAUGUAACAGACAACAUUUCGACGAAAUAGUGGAAAGUGUGAGAGUUGCAAUCGAGCUCGGCAUGCACCCAAAGAUGAUCACUCAAGGAAGUUCAGGGAGCUAUUUUGCCAGGAAUUCUGAAGGAAAGGUCGUUGGUGUGUUCAAGCCGAAAGACGAAGAACCAUAUGCUUCAAGAAACCCCAAAUGGACAAAAUGGAUACAUCGGAACCUGUUUCCUUGUUUCUUCGGCCGAGCCUGUCUCAUUCCCAAUUUGUCCUAUGUGUCUGAAGCAGCAGCCUAUGUGCUAGAUAUGCAACUACGUACAAACAUCGUGCCUCAUACUCAAGUCGUAUGGCUGUCUUCGAGGUCCUUUUAUUACGAUUUCUGGGAAAGAGGUGGCUUCUGGAGGAGGAACAAACCAUUACCAGCGAAGCCUGGCAGUUUUCAAGUAUUCUUAAAGGGUUACAAGGAUGCUACUAUGUUCUUGAAGGAACACCCUUGGCCAGAUCAGAACAACGCAGACUUCAGACCGGACAUCGUGGACAAAAAGAAACGACGACCUCUCUCGAAUUGCCUGCCUAACGCAGCACUUUCAGAAGACGAGGAGGAACCACAUCGAGUACCUUCUCCAGCUCCUCAAGAACACACUCCAAAAUUUGCCUGGACCCCCACAUUGAAGCAGGCCUUCAGAGAAGAGCUAGAGAAGCUUGUCAUACUAGACUAUAUAAUGCGCAAUACAGACAGAGGACUCGACAACUGGAUGAUCAAGAUCGACUGGCAGACGCAGGACGUGUCCAUCGUGGCAGAACCACCAAAGCCACAGGCAAGAGAUGAAUAUGGGGACUCUCUGAUGCCAGCUCCACGACCUGUAUCGGCUAGUCCAAGACCCGAGUCCAACACAUCCAGACCCUACCGCAGGUAUGAAGCUAUGGAGAGCAGAUCGUCUACGCCGUUGUCGAAUGCUGCUCCAACAAUCAGACUCGGUGCCAUCGACAACUCACUGUCAUGGCCAUGGAAACAUCCUGAUGCUUGGCGGAGCUUUCCCUUUGGCUGGCUUUUCCUUCCUGUUUCGCUUAUUGGUCAGCCAUUCUCACAAAAGACACGCGAUCAUUUUCUACCCUUGCUCACCUCAACAGCCUGGUGGAGUGAGACUCAGCUCGCAUUGCGAAAAGUCUUCUCACAAGAUGAUGACUUUAAGGAGUCUAUGUUUGCACGACAGAUAGCAGUAAUGAAAGGGCAAGCCUGGAACGUCGUUGAGACACUGAAGCAGACGGAUCAUGGUCCGCUUGAGCUUACUCGUCGCACUCGAGUAUGUGUCUGGGACGACAUGGUCGACAUUCCUGUUGCAGUUCCAAUGCGUAUGUCUUCAGAGUUCAUGCGUAUGCCAAACAAAAAGCAGGUCCAACGUGAUAGGCACAACCACGGUCAUGUAGAUGGCGAAGAAGAGAUGGACAUUGGCAUUUCCUCAGCCCCAUCAAGACCACAGCAUACAUCCACUCAAGCCUUUGACCUACUAGGAUCACCUACAACCGAGCUUCCGAAUCCGAACCGUUUCGAGCUGACCAGGGAGGGCAGCGAUGGAGAUAUUGAUGGACGACCCUCGAACGAAGACCUCGAUGAUGCAGGACCAGUAUCGCCUGUACUGAGUUCUCAUACCCUCGACUUUGCUGGUCGUGAUAGGGAAAGAACAGAGGCAACUCAGAAUCUGAGCAACAGUAUUACGCUGCCUUCCCGACCAGGAAAGCCGGCUAAAUCAGACCUCAACUUUAAACAGACACGGUUCAGCCUCGACUUUCCUCGCCAUAAAUUCUCACGAAGUACAUCCCACCAACAACCACAAUCGCCGUCGUCGACUCGGCGACACCGAAGUAAUUCCACUCGCACUGCGUCUGGUGGGCGACAUAAGGGCUAUGAUGAAUACGAUUACGAGGACGAUGCGGCUGGCGAUCUUGGAUACGCUGCUGCCAACGACAUGGAGGGACGAACCAGAAAGGUCAUUGUUGAACGAUUGGAAGCUGUCAAAAGCAGGAACCCGGUGUUCACCUGGUGCUAG